UGAAUGAUCUUUUAGAAUAGCUUUUUUACAUAAGCCAGGUAGAGAGCCAGAUUCUUAGUCGUUCAUAAAGCUAUUUGAACGUUUGUACAGUAAAUGUAAAAGAUAGAUAAGAGAACAGUUCUUGAUAUCAGUGGUUAUACAUACACUUUACAAGCGCAUUUGAAAAAGGGGUAACCAAUAUUUUUAAUGAACAACACGCAAAUGGCAUCUUUCAAAACAACGACUGAUGGGCAGAUUUCCGGUAACAAACGAGAAGAUAGCGUUUAUGAGGAGUCGGCGAACAUUGAACAAGAUGAGCAGGUUUCCGGUAGCAAAUAUGUUUACGAGGAGCCGGCGAAUACUCAGCGCAGCGGCGGACGGAAGGAAUACAAAGAGCCGCAAGCUAAUAAUUGGCCUGUGAAAUGUUUCAUGGCUAUGAUGAUCGCAUUGGUGAUUGCCGUUGUUGUUUUGGCAACAUUGGUUGUCGUUCUAUUGUUCCUGACGUUUUCCUUAUCAAAUGAAACAAAAAAGAUCAAGGCACAACACACUGAUGUGAAUCGAGUGAACGAUGUCAACAGCAAUCGUAUUACGGAAAACCUCGCUCGACUGGCAGACGGUUUGGCAAACAUUUCCAUCAAAAUUGAGAGAGUUGAUAGUGAUUUGGCCUUUCUUUCAAACAUGGUUGAGCGUGACAUGAAAAACAUUUCAAUCAAAAUUCAGAGAGUUGAUAGUGAUUUGUCCAAUCAUACAAACAAUGUUGCGAAUGAUUUAUCAAACAUAUCCAGCAGAAUUGAGAGAGUUGAGAGUGAUUUGGCCUAUCAUUCAAUUAUGGUUGCGGGUGAUAUGGCUACUAUUUCAAUCAAAAUUGAUAGUGUUGCGAGUGAUUUAGCAAAUGUAUCCAGCAGAAUUGAGAGGGUAGAGGUGAAUCUGAAAGACAUAACACUGGGACAGGAGAUAGUUUUACAGAGGCGGAAACAAUUUGACAUUUUAUUCAACCGCACUUUUGAGGAGUAUGAAGCAGGUUUUGGAGACUUUUCCGGACCAGGAGAUAUGUGGCUGGGGUUGAACAGAAUGCACAGGUUGACACAAAAAGGAAGAUGGAACCUUCGAGUUUCGAUGCGCAAUUUCUCUGACAGUACACUUUUUUGGGGCGAAUGGUCAGACUUCAAGAUCCAACCCGCUCCCUUUUACCAUAUAUCUUUUGGCACAAUGGUGGCAAAGAGUGAGCAUAUGCGCAACACCACUGGUACUUUUACUGGCCUUGAUUAUCACAACGGAAUGGCUUUCACAACGACUGACAGAGAUCAAGACGAAUUCAGUGACAACUGUGCUGUACGGUAUGGGUUAGGAGGUGGUUGGUGGUAUAAAUCUUGUUCUAAUUUUUAUAUGAAUGGUAGACUGGUCACUUCAGAAACACAAUUCAAUCAACAAAUGCGAUAUACUGAUUUUGGUUCUAGUGGUUGGAUAACGCUUUCAUCCAGUGAGAUGAGAAUGAUUCGUGUCGGUUGAAUGGAGGACAAACUAAGACGAGAGAAGAUUGCAACUACACUUGCUCUUGCAAUUGAAAAGAUCAAUUGAAUUGAAGCUAACUGGAACCUAAUCUAAACUAUAUUUUAUUAUUUAUAAUUUAGAUAUCUUACCACUGUAAAGUAUUUAAU